AUGAAUGCUGAUCCCACAAAGAAUAAUCAUACUUUAACAUCUUCAAAUACAAUAUCCACAAAGGUUGAGAUGGAACCUUCCGAUGUGACAGAUACAGUAGGAAAGAUGCUGAUAGCUGGUUUUGAAGGUUGCGAGUUAAAGCCUGGAUCGCAGGCGGAGAAGUUGAUCCGGCAAUAUAGAGUUCAUUCAUUUAUCUUAGGAACUAAAAACUUUCGUAAUGUUUUACAAAUGAGGCAGCUUAUACAAUCCCUUCAAAAUCUGGCUGAAUCAGAACACUAUGAGUAUCCUUUACUUUUGGCAGUAGAUCAGGAGCUUGGAUGUUGCAACUCUAUGUACGAUGACAAAUUUUUAACGCAGUUUCCCGGAUCAAUGGGUUUGGGUGCAACUGGAAAUAUGGAUUUAAUCUACAAAGUUGGAAGAGCUGCAGGUACGGAACUUCGAUCCAUUGGCUUUAACCUGUAUAUGGGACCGGUUCUUGAUGUCGUUUCAAGCAUGGCAAAUCAGCUUAUAGGAAUACGAUCGUUCGGCUUUACAGCAGAAGAUGUUACAAAAUGCGCAGAAGCAUUUGCUAGAGGUCUUAAAAGUUCUGGUAUGACUAUCUGUGCUAAGCAUUUUCCCGGUCUUGGAUCAUCGUAUGUUGAUAAUGUUCUAGAGCUACCGAUGAUGCUUGAUACAAUGGCACAACUAAAGGCUCGCCAUAUCAUACCUUUCAAGAAACUUAUUGCUGAUGGACUUGUGGAUGCCAUUCAUGCUAGUGGUGUAGCAGUUCCAAAUAUUGCCCCAAAUGAAAUUCAUGCAUGCCUCUCGCCAAAGAUAAUUAAGGAUUUACUUCGAGAUGAGUGUCACUUUGAUGGUCUUGCAAUUUCGGAGUGCCUUGAACUCGAAGCCUUGUGCAAAAACAUUGGUCUUGGACAAGGUGUAGCUUUAUCUAUUCUUUAUGCUGGUUGUGAUAUAGUGAUGAUUUGCAAUGACUUUUCUUAUCAAAUUGAAGCUCUGUCGGCUUUACAUCAGGCGUAUGUGUCUGGGAACCACAAAAGAUCAUUUAGCGAGGCUAUAAGAAGAAUAAAUCAUGUUUUGUCUAAAUUAACUUGGCCAAUACCUCAUUUACUUUCAAGGAAAAUGAUGUCCAUUCAUCAUACGUUGUCCGUACAGGCAUAUCAGAAGUCGAUAACGUUGGUUCGAGAUGAUCAGGAGGCUAUUCCAAUUAGUCGCUAUUUUGUGCCAGAGGAAGAGAAUAACGUUCUUGUUUUGACUCCCCUUCUUACGGAAAUAGAUCAUGCCAAGGAUCAUAAGUUUGAUGGGGUGAAAGGAAGUGGAACAAAAUUAUUUCCGGAAGAAACUGUAUUUAGAAGUUUUGGUGAGAGUUUGGCAAAUUAUGAUUCUACAUUGAACUACACAGUUUUGCAUACGUCCUACACGGCGAACGGACUUACAAGUGCGCAUGAGGCUUUAAUUGAUAGUUCGAAGGUUAUUAUACUGUUCUGUGCUGAGGCAAGUAGAAAUAUGUUCCAAAUUGGAGUUGCGAAGUAUAUUAGUCUGCUCUGUGGUGGAUACAGAAAACUGGAUGGUUUUCUAAAGAAACCCCUUAUUAUCGUUGCAGUGACAUCUUCAUACGAUUUCCUUUACCAUCGUGGUAUAGCCCCAACUUAUUUAUGCACCUUUGAUUAUACGGAAAGUGCUUUGAGUAACAUUCCAGCUGUACUUUUUGGAGAUUUAAAUCCCGGAGGUAAACUUCCUGGAUGUAAUGAUGCUGUGCAAAGAAAUGGAGAGGGUAUACCAAGUAGCAGCCUCAUGGAGGCUGGAAAUUCGAAAAAUAUGUCACUAAGAAUGAUAUUAAAUCAGGAUGUAUUACCUGACUCACUUUCUGAAAGAGAAAUUAAUAAUAGUGAAGACAAGGUAAUGUUGUCACAGUUAACCCCUGUGUAUCCCCUAGAAACUACUAAAGUUACUAAUGAAGAAGAACCACAAAAGCAACAAACUUUUCCUAGUAAACCUUGGCUGGUGGAGAAUUUUGAUAUCUCUAGGGAUUUUAGAAGUCUGAUAUUACUUUUAAAAAAUUCUGGGGCUUCUGAUUUGCAAAAUACUGUAGAUAAGGUUUUUAUUGAAAGGUUAAAAAAGUUUUUGGAUGAAACUAGGGCGUAUUCGCAUCAUUUUGUGGUUCGAAAUUCUACCCUAAAUCUUCUGCUAGGGGUAAUUUUUACGUGGGUUGAUCGGAACUCCAGCAAUGGAAGAAUUUUAUAUGUGAUAGUUGACAAAACUAAAAGGAGGCAAUCUAUAGCUAGUGUUUUGCAUCAACAUGCAAUCACGAAUCUUAAAAUGGAAAUGGGUUGCAAGAAUAUCAUUUUGGGUUCUGAUUUCCCUCUCUUUAAUUUCUUUAAGCCCAAUAUCUGUGAGGAAUUAUAUCAAAAUUGGGGAGAGAUAGGGAUUCGUCAUCAAAUAAGUAGCUGUGCCUUACAGAUUCUUCAAUUUACCAAGUCAAUGAAAUGGUGGAAUAGCAUAAAUAAGCCUAUUAGGAGAUAUAUCCUGUCGGUUCGAAUGGAUACUUGGCGUUUAAUUGAUAACUUGAUCAAGCAAAUGAAACUUCUGGGAAUUAAGCUUUGCAUUGCUGAGAAUUUAAGUGAUAUCAUCUUACUGGUCCAAGGGAGUAAUAUGGAAGAAGCAAACCAGUUUUCCAAUUUGUCCGAACUAUACAUGAUGGCCUUCAAAUGCAUUGAGGAUGAGGAGAGAAGAAGAACGAAAAAUACAUUUGUUCUAAAGUUAGUAGCAAGCAGCAGUCAGAAGCCAAUAGGAUCGAUUAUAUUGUAUGAUGCAAAAUCCAAGUUAGUAAAUUGGCUUCCUUUCCUAUCUUAUGUUCCGUCUAAUAGUUGUGGAGUGACAUUUUUAACAGGAAGUUUUGUUGAUUCAGAUUAUGGAGAUCUUAGGCCGAUGUUAAAGAUGGGCUUGAUAUGCACAGCUGUGUCGUUUGCAAAGCAGUUAAAAUCUGAAAUGGUUAUGCUAGAUGGAUGUCAGAGAAUUGAACUAUACAGCUCGCCGGAGGAGGCUUCAACUGCCGUUGCCGAUCAUAUUGCUUCCUUAAUUAGAGCAUUUCACCCAACAGAAAAGCGCCCAUUUAUCCUUGGUCUUCCAACAGGUUCUUCGCCAUUAAAGGUUUAUGCAAGGCUUAUUACCCUUUAUCAUAACAAUAAGGUUGAUUUCUCGAAUGUUGUCAGUUUCAAUAUGGAUGAAUAUUACCGUCUUCCGCCAACGGAUUCUCGAUCAUAUCAUCACUUCAUGUAUACGAACUUUUUCAAUCAUGUGAAUUUUAAACCAGAGAAUAUCAAUAUUCUAGAUGGAAUGGCGAAUAGCUGGGAGAUCGAAUGUCAAAAUUAUGAAGAAAAGAUCAAGUCUUAUGGGAGGAUUAAUUUCUUCCUAGGAGGUAUGGGUCCUGAGGGACAUUUAGCGUUCAAUGAAUCUGGUUCUGAUAGGACAACAAAAACAAGGCGUAUCUCUCUAGUUGAUUCCACAAUUAAGGCCAAUUCUCGUUUUUUUGAAAAUGACCAGAAAAAGGUCCCAAAAGCAGCCCUUACUGUUGGUAUAUCAACAAUUUUAGAUAAUUCGGAUGAGGUCUGUGUUGUUGUUUUCGGAAAGAACAAGCAUUGGGCUUUAAUGAACACCUUGACUAGGAAACCAACUUCCGUCGUUCCAUCAACAUUCCUAAAGGAUCACAACAAUAGUGUAAUUGUUGCUGAUUAUGCAGCAAUCGAUGAAGACUAG